UAAUUAGCCCUCGAACGGAAGAACCGGACACGAUCAGCCGGAGGUAAACGCAGCCACCACGAGAGCCAGUCCGCUAAACUCGCGCGGGUGGGCUAAAAGAUGGUCUCCGACACGAAGCCGCCAGUCGACGUGGGUUGCUUGAUGGAUCAAGGCCGGACGACACCGUGAAUAAUUUGCUAAGCCGGGGGCAAAUGUAACAUUCUCUUGUUGUCGGCUCUCCCGUCCAACGUGCCGGGGCCUUCUCUCCGUUCCCAGAGCCCCCUCGAUUAUUCUUUCGCGUUCUUGAAUCUGGGAGUUGUAAAUUCCUCUAUUUGCUUCGGAAAAGUUCGAUUUUGCUUUGCUUGGUCUUUUGGAAUUGGGAGGCGGAGAGAGAUUCUUUCGAUCAGAUGUCGGUGAUGGAGCAAUCGAUCUUGGCGGGUGGGAGGCUCUCGAAUUGGUGGGAUGAGAUCAACGAGUCGCGGCAGUGGCAGGAUGGGGUCUUCUACUUCCUCUGUGCCGCCUAUGCCCUUGUCUCCUCCGUCGCCCUGGUUCAACUGAUCAGGAUCCAGCUACGAGUGCCUGAAUUUGGUUGGACGACACAGAAGGUUUUCCAUUUUAUGAACUUUAUUGUAAAUGGAGUACGUGCUAUUGAGUUUGGAUUUCAUGCUCAAGUAUUUCUUUUUCGGCACAAGGUAUUUACUUUAGCUCUAUUAGAUCUUCCUGGUUUGUUGUUCUUCUCUACAUACACAUUGCUUGUCCUGUUCUGGGCAGAGAUAUACUAUCAGGCAAGAAGUCUUGCAACAGACAAACUAAGGAUCGUAUACAUCUGUGUUAAUGUUGUAAUUUAUGUUAUUCAGUUUUGUAUCUGGAUAUACCUUUGGAUAAAUGACAGCAACAUAAUCGAGUUAAUUGGAAAGAUCUUUAUAGCAGCGGUAUCCUUUAUAGCUGCAUUGGGCUUCUUGCUUUAUGGGGGCAGGCUGUUUCUCAUGCUAAGGCGGUUCCCAAUUGAAUCAAAAGGGAGGAGAAAGAAACUUCAUGAGGUUGGAUCUGUCACAGCUAUAUGCUUCACCUGCUUUCUUGUACGAUGCUUUGUGGUUGGGUUAUCUGCGUUUGAUGCAAAUGCAUCUCUUGAGGUUUUGGAUCAUCCCAUUUUGGAUCUCAUAUUUUACUUGAUGACCGAGAUACUCGUUCUUUACAUACUCCGAAAGCUUCCCCCAAAGCGAGUAUCAGCACAAUACCACCCUAUCCAGUAGCAGGGAUCAAAGUAGCACUAUGAGCUUGUCGUUGGGACGAUUGAACUCAACGUCUGUUCCAACAUUGUGGCAUUUCGAAGCCCUUAAAAGAGGCUCAAGGCUAUCAUUUUGCGUGCGUACUCCGUGUUUAUAGUCCGUGUUUAUAGUUUUCCAAGUUGUAGGAACUGACCGGUGACCCUCGUUAUGAAUGAUGAUUUUCUCGGAAAUUAGCUUUACAUUUGCAGAACUUCCUACAGACAAAUAAGUAAAUUUGAGGUGUGGAGCUGUUAGGAUCGAGUGAUGAAGAAGAAAUAUUUGAUCUCAUUACCUGGUCUCUCGGGUGGGAUUUGGGGAUAUUUGGACAGUGAACUGUGAUACCAGAUUCGUGAAUGUGAUUGUUCGAGGAUUGGAGUUGUUAGAAACUGAAUGUUGCAGGAAAAAAACUAUAAAAUUUCAUUACCUGGCUAUAA